GUGUGACAUUUCGACAAAUGAGGUUAUGUUUCAUGUUAUCAUCCUGAAAAACAUUUUAUUUAGGUAUCUAAUCCUUAAAUUAUUUUAUCUAUUAAAUUAUGAAAAUCAAAUAAUCUUUAUUAAAAAACAAUAAAAAUGAACAUUUUCAAACUAACCAUCAUCAAUCCAAUAUUUAACGCCAUUCAUAGAUCGACUAUAACUAGAAGGUUGGCGAGCACUUAUAAGUCUGCCGUAAUAACCGAACACGGAAAACCUCUCGAAAUCCAAGAAGUUAAACAACCUAAAUUAGGUCCAAGUCAAGUUAGGGUACAAGUUGAUUAUUGCAGUGUUAACUCGGUGGACAAUUACAAAUUUAAGCAGAGCACUGGCGAACUGCCAUUCACCCCAGGAUACGAGCUUUCGGGGGAAGUUCUAGAAGUAGGGAAAGAUAUCAGAGGGGAUCAAAUUUCAAUAGGGGAGAAAGUGGUCGGAUUGAACCUGGAACGGUUUAGUGGUCUUGCUGAGCAGUGCGUUUUGGAUAUCGAUGACAUUUUCAGGAUUCCUGCCGAGGUGACUACCAAAGAUGCAGCAGUGAUAGCAUACGGACAUUCCUUAGCAUUGUAUGCUUUUUCAAAGUUGUCAAAUAUAAAGGAAAAAGACCAGGUAGUGAUCACAGCUGCUGCAGCUGGGUUAGGACUAGCAGCUGUAGAUGUGGCAGCAAACAUAUACAAAGCCGAAGUGAUUGCUGUAGUAGAAAGAGAAGAACUAGGUGACCUGCUUAGAGAUAGGGGUGCCUUUCGCACCGUCCACUUUAGUCCCAAAUUCAACAAAGAAAUUAUGAAAGAAACCAAAAAUAAGGGGGCAAAAGUUGUUUAUGAUGCAGCUGGGGACCCAAUGAUGAAAGUCAUCGGACAAAGUGUCUCUGUGGGUGGAAAAACUUUUUAUUGUGCCCCAUUCUUUUAUGAAAAUAUACCUUCACCAGUACCACACAGUUUCUCCAGUAUUGUAAGCUUAAAGCAUCUCAGAAGACAAAAUAAGAAUUUGUACAGGACUGUUGUCAGUGAUACUUUAGAGUUGGCCAAUGAGAGUUUAAUUGGGGCCCAUAUUAGUGCCAAAUUUCAACUUGAUAAGAUUAAUGAAGCACUUAAGUUUAUUGAACAUUUAAAAUGUACAGGAAAGAUUUUGAUCAAAAUGGAUGACUAAGUAUUCAUUUAUAAGUUUAGUUUGUACGACUUUAUCAGAAUUAUCUAUAAGAAUAAUAAAAAAAUUGUUGGAAAAAUUAA